AGAAAAAGAACAUCUCAUUCAUAAAAAAAAAACACUUCAGAGAGAACACAGUAUGUUCUUAAUGAUUUCUAAUGCAGUAUGGAGGAUGCACUAGAACAAGGAAGUGUAUAAUAGCUCAUUGAUAGAGAUGUGGGUGAAUGAUGCUGAGUCAUAAUGGUGAACAGGGCGAUUCAGCACAUAGUCAGGACAGGAAGUGGACACCGUCUUUUGAAUUAUGCAUAGGCUGCACUCUGGGGAAGGAGGGGUGAUCAGGCUACUGAUGAAAUCUGUCCCAUACUGAGUUGCUGCAGUUUGCACUGAUAAAUACCAAAGAUCGCAACUUGUGUCCUUCCUCGUCUCUUCUGCGUCAGUGUCUUUUGUGAGUAUACCUCCAUAAAACAAGACAAUGAGAGUUGGAUGGGAUAAUCGUGCAGUGGUAGAGAGAAGUAUAUUCAUCAUGCGGGUGCUGCUGAGCUUGUUUCCUCUGCUCCUCAUUGUGUGGAACAGUGACAUCACUGAGGCUUUACCUGUACAGGACAAGCUAUCACACACCAAUGAGAUAUUGACCAAAGACCAAGCGGACUUGUUGAAGAAGAUGAUGACAGAUAUGGAAGAGCUGAAUCUCACUAGUAAAGAACUAGCAGAUCUUGACCCUGAUCUGCUGAAUGGCAAACUGGGAGAGAGGUCUGUUUUUGGACAGCCAAUCCCUAAAGAUAAAUCUCCUUGCAAGCUCUUCUUCUGGAAGACCUUCUCAUGUUAACACUGGAAAACAUACAGAACCCUGAUAUGUCUGUUAUGCCUUUACAGUUAACCAAUUUGUAACUAUAUAUUGCAAAAAAUGUAUAUGCAUCCCCUUGCUUCUACAGUUUUCGUAUUGUAAUUAUGUUAGUUUACUGUAGAAUGAAUAAUUAACAAUAACAAAAGUAUUUUUUGCAGUCUGUCACAGGUUAUUGUUUAAGAUGAAUCCCUACAAUCAUGACCAUUUUGUAUGACCACUUUGAACUGUUUGACAAAAUAAGGUGUAAUAAAAAUUCUCCAAAUCUCUUAUAGGAUUGACAUGCAAUAAUUGUAUAUACAUUU